ACGAAUGAGAAGAGAAUAGAAAAAAGUGACAUAAAUGGCGGAAAGCAAACCUAGCGCCAACAUUCGUAUUUUCAUUUAAUUUUCGCUCCAAAGCACAAUUUAUUCACUGUUUUCGGCAAGUGCAUAUCAAGUGCAGGCACACAAAGAGUUACCAGAACGGGAAAAGAGUAAUCGAAUCGAUUGCGGACCAUGUACAAGCGAAAAACAGCGAGUAUUGUUAAAAGAGACAGCAGCUCCGCAGCGGGCACCUCCUCCUCAAAGAUGAUGAUGAUGGGCAACGCUGGCAACGUGGUGGAACCGGACGAAUCUUCGGCCCAGUCCAAGGCAUACGAGGCGGUAUCCGUCAGCAUGGACACAUCGCCGGAUCCGCCCACACCGAUCAAGUCCCCGUCACUAAUGCAGCCACUGCCGGGACAACAGCGCUCCGUAGGCUCACUGGUCUUGCUCACCCAAAAGUUUGUGGAACUCAUGAAGGCUAACGGCGGUUCCAUCGAUCUGAAAGCGGCCACCAAAAUCUUGGACGUGCAGAAGCGCAGAAUAUACGAUAUCACCAAUGUUCUGGAGGGCAUUGGACUAAUAGAUAAGGGCAGGCACUGCUCCCUAGUGCGCUGGCGCGGAGGGGGUUUUAACAAUGAAAAAGACCAGGAAGACUACGACUUAGCACGAAGCAGGACCAAUCAGCUGAAAAUGCAGGAGGACGACCUGGACAAGCAACUGGAGUACGCACAGCGCAAUUUGCGCUACGUAAUGCAGGAUCCCUCUAAUCGCUCGUAUGCCUAUGUGACACGAGACGACUUGCUGGACAUAUUUGGAGAUGAUUCCGUAUUCACCAUACCGAACUAUGACGAGGAAGUAGAUAUCAAACGUAAUCAUUACGAACUCAACGUAUCGCUGGAUAAUGGCAGCACAAUCGACAUUUGCCUGGUCACGAACCAGGGCAAGAGCACCACAAAUCCGCACGACGCGGACGGAUUUUUCGACUAUCGCCGCCUGGACACGCCCUCGCCCUCGACAUCGUCGCACUCCAGCGAGGAUGGUAACGCUCCAGGAGGCACGGGGAACGUGGUCACCGACGAGCACGGCUACUCUUGCAAUCCCGAUAUGAAGGAGGAGAUGAAGCUCCUAGAGAACGAGCUGACGGCAAAGAUCAUCUUUCAAAAUUACCUGUCCGGCCACUCGCUGCGGCGUUUCUAUCCCGAUGAUCCCAAUUUAGAAAACCCGCCGUUGGUGCAGCUGAAUCCACCCCAAGAAGACUUCAACUUUGCGUUAAAAAGCGACGAAGGCAUCUGUGAGCUGUUCGACGUACAGUGCUCCUAACUGCGGGACGGAAUUUACACCUUACGACUGUAGCUACACUGCAACUGGCCGCGUGCGUUGUGCAAAUAUUUAUGAUUAGUACAAUUCUGACUUUUGGUUUCUCUAUAUCGUCUAGAAAUUUUAAUUAGUUUAAUACCCUGUAAUUUCGCCACACUAACAGCAAAACCAAUAAAUUCGAAAACGCACACAAUGUAGCGUGUGUGUUUGUUUAUACAUUUUAAACUUAA